AUAAAGGCCUUUCCCUUUCUACAUAGAAAAAGAAUAAGAUUGAGAUUAUUCGAUUUCUUGUUUAUUUAGUGAGAGGCAGGCAAGGACUUCUACAGCUUCCACCACUUCGCCGCAUGCUUCGCUGUCCACGCGCAUUCCACUAUCAUACGACCUCUUCUCUUCUCCUCUCCCUCUCUCUCUCUCUCUCUGUAUAUUGAUAUACUAGUAAUCAAUCGAUUUCGUUUCGGCAUUCCAGAUUCAAACGCAGACGUUGAUAAGCUCUUCAAUCUGAUACUGGCGGUGACUGUGUUUCACAACGUGUAGCGGAUUCAAAAUAGGAGGAGAGAGAAAGUGGAUCUGCAGUCGGUUAUCUGAUUCCAGAUCUCAUCAGGUAGCGAGAGGUGGCGCAUCGAUCAACAAUGGCCGCCGCUGCCGCUGCUGCUGAUGAGAAGAAGUACAUCACCUCCGAAGAGCUAAGCAAGCACAACAAAUCCGGUGAUCUGUGGCUCUCAAUCCAGGGCAAAGUCUACAACGUAACGGAUUGGGCGAAGCAGCACCCCGGCGGCGAGGUUCCUCUCCUCAAUUUAGGCGGACAGGACGUCACCGAUGCGUUCAUCGCCUUCCACCCUGGCUCCGCCUGGAAACACCUCGACACUUUCUUCACCGGCUACCACCUCCGCGACUUUCACGUCUCCGACAUGUCUCGCGACUAUCGCAACCUCGCGACGCAGUUCACCAGAUCCGGAAUGUUCGAGAAGAAAGGCCACGGCGUGAUCUACAGCCUCUGCUUCAUCUCGGUGCUCCUCGCCACCUGCUUCUACGGCGUCCUCCGCUGCGACGGUUUCCUCACACACAUUCUCUCCGGAGGCCUCCUCGGAUUGAUCUGGAUGCAGGUCGCCUACCUAGGGCACGACUCCGGCCACUACAACAUCAUGAUUAGCCCUAGAUUCAACAAACUGGCGCAGAUCCUCACCGGUAACUGCCUCACCGGCAUCAGCAUUGCGUGGUGGAAGUGGACGCACAACGCGCACCACAUCGCCUGCAACAGCCUCGAUUACGACCCCGAUCUCCAGCACCUCCCGAUGCUCGCCGUCUCCACCCGCUUCUUCACCAACCUCACCUCCAAAUUCUACAACAGAAAGCUCGAAUUCGAUCCAAUCGCCCGAUUCUUCAUCAGCUACCAGCACCUCACCUACUACCCGGUGAUGUGCGUCGCCAGAGUUAAUCUCUAUCUCCAGACAUUCCUCCUCCUCCUCUCCAACCGCAGAGUCCCCGACAGAGCCCUAAACAUAUUGGGAAUCAUGAUUUUCUGGACAUGGUUCCCUCUCCUCGUCUCCUGCUUGCCCAAUUGGACCGAACGCGUGCUCUUCGUGCUUGCCAGCUUCUGCGUCUGCGCCAUCCAGCACAUCCAAUUCACGCUCAACCACUUCGCCGCCGACGUCUACGUUGGCCCCCCCAAAGGGAACAACUGGUUCGAGAAACAAACCGCCGGGACCAUCGACAUCGACUGCCCUUCUUGGAUGGAUUGGUUCUUCGGUGGGUUGCAGUUUCAACUGGAGCACCAUCUCUUCCCCAGGCUGCCAAGGUGCCAUUUGAGGAAAGUUUCCCCCAUCAUUAGAGAGCUCUGCAAGAAGCACAACCUGCCCUACCGGAGCUUGACCUUCGUCGAGGCGAACAAGUGGACGCUGCGAACGCUUAGAACUGCCGCGGUUGAGGCCCGCGAUUUCUCCAUGGCUCCCAGGAACUUGCUGUGGGAAGCUGUCAACACUCAUGGAUGAGAGAUUUCAACCACAUUUUGUUUUUGUUUUGAAAUUAUUUUUGAAAGAAAAGCUGAUCAAUUAUCUCGAACAGCUUGUGAUAACCCUACGUGUUUGAAGUUGUUCUUCCGCAUAUUUAUACGUAUUUAUAUCUUUCUGCA